AGGGUGUCUGGCUGCGUACAUGUGGUACAGGCAGGGGAUCAGAACGCUCACAGAACAGCCAGCAUAAUUCCAUGUUCUCCCUAAGUCUCAGCCCUGCAGGGAGCUGUGCCUGCAGUCUACUUGGAGAGGGAAAGUAGAAGGUGGAAAGGGUCAAUUCCUAAGUGAGUGGGUCCUCACUUAUCAUGAGGGCAUCUGCUCAUCUCCAGUGACUGCCUGGUGCCUCCUGGUCAGACUCGGCCCUCUCUCUCCUAGAUACUUGCUUUAGCAGAAGAGACACACCUUUCUGCAGCAGAGAAACGCAGCUGACCAGAUUGCAAGCCGGUGCUGGUGGAUGCUCUGCAGCUGCCCUGGGCCCAGGCAGACUGAUUCAGCAGAAGCAUCUGUGCAUGGGAGUCGCAAUCAGGGACCAUGGCAGUGCAGCUGGUGCCGGACUCCGCUCUCAGCCUGCUGAUGAUGACGGAGGGCCGUCGAUGUCAAGUACAUCUCCUUGAUGACAGGAAGCUGGAGCUCCUAGUACAGCCCAAGCUUUUGGCCAAGGAGCUUCUUGACCUCGUGGCUUCUCAUUUCAACCUGAAGGAAAAGGAAUACUUCGGGAUAGCAUUCACAGACGAGACGGGACACUUGAACUGGCUUCAACUAGAUCGAAGAGUACUGGAACACGACUUCCCCAAAAAGUCUGGGCCUGUGGUUCUGUACUUCUGCGUCAGAUUCUAUAUAGAAAGCAUCUCCUACCUGAAGGACAAUGCUACCAUUGAGCUCUUCUUCCUGAAUGCCAAGUCCUGCAUCUACAAGGAGCUUAUUGAUGUUGACAGUGAAGUGGUGUUUGAAUUGGCUUCCUAUAUCUUACAGGAAGCAAAAGGCGAUUUCUCUAGCAAUGAGGUGGUGAGGAGUGACCUAAAAAAGCUGCCAGCCCUUCCUACCCAAGCCCUGAAGGAGCACCCCUCCCUGGCCUACUGUGAAGACAGAGUCAUUGAGUACUACAAGAAGCUGAAUGGCCAGACGAGGGGCCAAGCAAUCGUGAACUACAUGAGUAUCGUGGAGUCUCUCCCAACCUACGGUGUCCACUAUUAUGCAGUGAAGGACAAGCAAGGCAUACCAUGGUGGCUGGGACUAAGCUACAAAGGAAUCUUCCAGUAUGACUACCAUGAUAAAGUGAAACCACGCAAGAUAUUCCAAUGGAGACAGCUGGAGAAUCUGUAUUUCAGGGAAAAGAAGUUUUCCGUGGAAGUUCAUGACCCCCGCAGGGCUUCGGUGACCAGGAGGACUUUUGGGCACAGUGGCAUCGCUGUGCACACGUGGUAUGCGUGUCCCGCGUUAAUCAAGUCCAUUUGGGCAAUGGCGAUUAGCCAGCAUCAGUUCUAUCUGGACAGAAAGCAAAGUAAGUCCAAGAUCCAUGCGGCACGAAGUCUGAGUGAAAUCGCCAUUGACCUCACAGAGACAGGGACGCUGAAGACCUCGAAGCUGGCCAAUAUGGGGAGCAAAGGGAAGAUCAUCAGUGGCAGCAGUGGGAGUCUGCUGUCCUCAGGUUCUCAGGAGUCAGAUAGCUCACAGUCGGCCAAGAAAGACAUGCUGGCUGCCUUGAAAUCCAGGCAGGAAGCUCUGGAGGAGACGCUGCGCCAGAGGCUGGAGGAACUGAAGAGAUUGUGUCUCCGGGAAGCUGAGCUCACAGGCAAACUGCCUGUUGAAUAUCCCCUGGAUCCAGGAGAGGAACCACCUAUUGUUCGGAGAAGAAUUGGGACAGCCUUCAAGCUAGAUGAACAGAAAAUUCUGCCUAAAGGAGAGGAAGCUGAGCUGGAACGUCUGGAACGAGAGUUUGCAAUUCAGUCCCAGAUCACCGAGGCUGCCCGCCGCCUAGCCAGUGACCCCAAUGUCAGCAAAAAACUGAAGAAGCAGAGAAAAACCUCUUACCUGAAUGCACUGAAAAAGCUGCAGGAGAUUGAAAAUGCAAUCAACGAGAACCGCAUCAAGUCAGGGAAGAAACCCACCCAGAGGGCGUCACUAGUCAUAGACGAUGGAAAUAUCGCCAGUGAAGACAGCUCCCUCUCGGAUGCCCUUGUUCUUGAAGAUGAAGACUCUCAGGUUACCAGCACAAUAUCCCCCCUACAGUCUCCGCACAAGGGACUUCCUCCUCGGCCACCAUCUUCCUCGCACAACAGGCCUCCUCCCCCACAGUCCCUGGAGGGGCUCAGGCAGAUGCACUAUCACCGCACCGACUAUGACAAGUCACCCUUAAAGCCCAAAAUGUGGAGCGAGUCCUCUCUAGACGAGCCUUAUGAGAAGGUGAAGAAACGCUCCUCCCACAGUCAUUCCAGCAGCCACAAGCGUUUCCCCAGUACAGGAAGCUGUACUGAGGCAGGAGUAAGCAGCUCCUUGCAGAACAGCCCCAUCCGAGGCCUCCCACACUGGAAUUCCCAGUCUAGCAUGCCAUCCACCCCAGACCUGCGUGUCCGGAGUCCCCACUACGUUCAUUCCACAAGGUCGGUAGACAUCAGUCCCACGAGACUGCACAGCCUCGCACUGCACUUUAGGCAUCGGAGCUCCAGCUUGGAAUCCCAGGGCAAGCUCCUGGGCUCAGAGAAUGACACCGGGAGCCCCGACUUCUACACUCCGAGGACUCGUAGCAGCAAUGGCUCGGAUCCCAUGGAUGACUGCUCCUCGUGCACCAGCCAUUCAAGCUCAGAGCACUACUACCCGGCACAGAUGAACGCCAACUACUCAACGCUGGCUGAGGACUCUCCAUCCAAGGCGCGCCAGCGGCAGCGGCAGCGGCAGCGGGCAGCAGGCGCCCUGGGCUCGGCGAGCUCUGGCAGCAUGCCCAACCUAGCAGCACGCAGUGGGGCUGCAGGCGCGGGCGGCAGCGGCGGCGGCGUGUACCUGCACAGCCAGAGCCAGCCGAGCUCGCAGUACCGCAUCAAGGAGUACCCACUGUAUAUUGAGGGCAGUGCCACACCCGUGGUGGUGCGCAGCCUGGAGAGUGACCAGGAGGGCCACUACAGCGUCAAGGCGCAGUUCAAGACCUCCAACUCCUACACAGCUGGCGGUCUGUUCAAAGAGAGCUGGCGCGGGGGUGGCGACGAGGGCGACGCAGGCCGCCUUACACCAUCGCGCUCCCAGAUCCUGCGGACUCCUUCGUUGGGGCGUGACGGCGCCCACGACAAAGGCUCUGGCCGUGCUGCGGUAUCCGACGAGCUGCGCCAGUGGUACCAGCGUUCCACGGCCUCGCACAAGGAGCACAGCCGCCUGUCGCACACCAGCUCCACCUCCUCAGACAGCGGCUCCCAGUACAGCACCUCUUCCCAGAGCACCUUCGUGGCGCACAGCAGGGUCACCAGGAUGCCCCAGAUGUGCAAGGCCACCUCAGCUGCCUUACCUCAGAGCCAGAGAAGCUCAACACCGUCAAGUGAAAUUGGGGCCACCCCACCAAGCAGUCCCCACCACAUCCUGACCUGGCAGACUGGGAGCUACAGUGAUAGCUGCUUCCUGGAUUCCUCCCUCUAUCCAGAGCUAGCUGAUGUCCAAUGGUACGGGCAAGAAAAAGCCAAGCCCGGGACCCUCGUGUGAGCCAGCCCGGCCUCUUCUGACCGCCGCACGCCAUUCUGAGUCACCUCACUGCCUCUCAGUUGCCUUACCCAGACACACUGUCACCUGCACCAGCUUCGGCCCUUGGCACUUUUUUUUCUCCUGUCUCCAUAUCCCCUUCACCCUCAAAAACCUGACUGAGGAGACAUUCUGGAAGGUUCCGAUCCCACUGUGUGUCCCCUGGCUCUCUUACCCAGAGAGCCAGGCAACAAUCCUCAAUGGCACCUUGGUGGUUUCCCUCUGCCAUGACAGCUCCAGGCCAGGAACUGUCAGGGAAGCCAACACAUGCAAUUCCUGUGGAAGAGAAGCAUUAGUAGAGAAUGGAAAACAGACCUACCAGUGUGCAGAGACCGUGAUGCUGCGUCCAGCUGCCACCUUAGGCCAACUGAGCGCUUCAAGAGGAGGAUGCCUCCUGGGGAUAUUCAGUUUACACCUGAAAUGUUCUGUAUUCUGUAACGAGACAGCCUGCAAGAGUACCUAUGGGGAAGAGUGAGAAAGAAGACCAGCGCUUCGGAGAUGCAUCGGAGGGUCACAAUUGGUUCUAUGCUGCCAAAGAUUCGACACAUUCAACAAUAAACAGAUACGAGGGGCCAAGAGGAAUACACUGUUUCUGCAGUGAAAUUUCUUUUCAGUUCUAAACUGCUUCUAUGCAGCACAAGUGAGAAGUCCACCAUCUGUAAAUCAUGUCCUGUAGUGACCCAUCUCCUGUCCAGUCCACUUCUCCCCACCUGAGCGCCUGGAAAUGAACCUAAUGGCACCGUGAAGAAGGAGGAGGCUUGGCUGGCAGGCACAGAAUCUGUCUGUCUGGACACGAAGGAGGAGCAGAGCACUGUUAGGACCGCCUGAUACAGGGGCCUCCGCCUACGUCCCCAAAGCUGCUUUCCUUUUGGGAUUGGUCAGAAGCUAAAGGUGAUCAUUGCCAAAAGUAGUCCUCUCUCGUGAAAACAGCCAGUAAAAGUGUAACCUUUCUUCUUUGUACAAGGUGUUUCAUUUUCUUUUUUAUGGGAAACCAAGGGAAAAAGCACAUUGCAGUCUAUUCAAGUGUUUUACUGUCGUGGCUCAUUUUGUUUGUUAACACUUGUGUGACAAAGAACUCAGAUGGACCUCUCCUGUAUGUCACUUAGUCAAAGAACCCAAGUAUGCCCUUAGGUAGGAAGAUUGUUUUUUUAAAUGUGUCUACCAGCCGGCAGGCAGAGCAGAGUUGAGACAACUCGGCUCCCAAAGGGCCCAUUCACCUCCAGCAGUAUCCAUGACCUUGAUUUACCACCUCUGUCCACAGAUACCAAGAGGGAAAAAAGGCAAAAAAAAAAAAAGAAAAAGAAAAAAAAAGAAAAAAAAAAGCAUGCGUGCAAGCUGCCCGUUUACAUGUGUUUUGAGCUAUGCUUAACACACAACCAAAAAGCCAUCAAUCUUCAAAGGCCUCAAAAUUUUAUAAUAACUAACCAGUGAACAGUCUUAGCUGGGUUACUCAAGAAGGCACAAAAGACAGUUUCCAUGGAGGUAGUACAUGUUAAUAUACGUGGGGCUUGUGGGGGUUACCGUUGUAAGGACUUCCUGUGGGAAAGGCAUCCAGGAACAGGAGCCAGGGUAGGAGUACUUCUGUGGGAAAGCAGAUCUAAAAGUUAGCUGUGGCAUCAAAAGAAAAACCUUUGUUGUUCAUGUAGGUCAAUCCAAGAACAGUAGACUCCACCAGAUGAGGAGGGUAAGAAAUGGACACCAGAAAGUACUAUCCCUGUUGCUUACUCUGCAGUGGUUUGGAAAGCUCUGGAAGCCACCAAGCAGUAGGUAGCAUUUACACCAGGCAGAAGCACCCAUACCAUGAGGUCUUAGGCCUCCUCUGCCAUUUUUCUAUGGCCCAUUCAAGGCGGGGUACCCCAGAGCUGGGCAUGGCUGGCUUGAUGAUUCAACUUUCACAAACAGUACUCUUCCCGGACACUUCAAGGGUAACUCUGUAGAUUGGUGGAAACUGGGUAAUGGUACAAAACUAAUCUGAGGCUUGACAGAGAUGGGGGCUAUCGGUUGGUUUGUUGGGGUUUUUUUUUCUCCGAGUAUGUUGAUCAGAUCUGUAAAAGGUUUAUUCGGGGAUUUCCCCCCUCUACCUUCCCUAAAAGGAAAUGUGACACAUUGGGUCAGUUGUUUUUUUCUUCCAAAAGGAGAUGCCUGAAUAAUUAGACUGAACUAUGGUGCAACAGGAAAAGUCCAAAGGGAAACAACGAACAAGACAAGGUUACAUAGUUGCAGGUUAUAACAGACCUAUAACAUAGUUUGAAAAUCAGUUCUGAAUUCCGUUGGAUCAAUGAGAGAGGCAAAAAGAAUCUAAAAUGUAAUACAUUUGGGAGCAGAGAGGAAUUGUAUGGGAGCUGUGAAUACCAUCAGGAUAGUCUGGUAGUAAGGACAGAGAUUAAGUAAAACAGGUUUUACUGUUUAGCUGUGUUCAGUUAAUACAAUGUACAUAAUAAGCAUUAGUCCUUUGAGACUGACAUGAUCAAUGGUCAGUGUGGUGGUGAACUCUAGGUGUUGUAUUCAAGCACCUGCAAACACUUUACAGAUCCCUAUUUCUUUAAAGGAAGAUGAGCUAUGAAGCCCCCAGUCUGAUCUAAAGCCCCUAUUGGAUUCUUUGGGUACAUGUAAGAAAUUGCCUGUUUCAACCAGAAGACUAUGUUGUGAGCCAGGUUGGUUUAUUUUGUUAUAUGCAGGUGAGUGUUGAAACUGUUAAAAUCCCAAGUUGUUUUCAUUCAGUAUUAGUUUAGUUCUAAAUAUAGCAAACCUCAUCCAGGUGCUAUCAGAUGACCAAUUACUGCUUAGUUAACUAGGUGUAAAGUUUUACAUAUCCAUUCAUGUCAAUAGUUUAUUACAAGUUGUGUAAAAUGGACUCUAGUUUAAUAAUGGGGGGAAAAGAUUAGGUUGCUCCUGAAACUGACUGUAGAGCAUGUAAAAUGAUUUUACUGGAUUCUGUUCAACUGUAAUCAAUGAAAAAGAUGUAUGUUGUAGACAAAGUUGCAGAAUUAAAAGAGAAAUCUGCUUUUAAUUUAUUCUUUUUGUAUUAAGAAUUUGUAUAGUACCUUUACAUUUUGCAGAACAGUGUUGUCAACACUUAUUAAAGCAUUUUGAAAAUGAAAACAC